CAAACGCUUCUCACACUUCCCCUUUUUUUUUUGCGUCGGCGAGAGCGCGCCGCCGGACGAUGUCGUCGGGGGCGCAGCAGCAGCAGCAGCAGCAGCAGGCGCCGCCGCCGCGGCCGUACCGGCCGUACCGGCAGGUGCGGCUGGCGACCCCGCACAGCCGCGCCGUGUCGUGCGUGCGGUUCUCCCCCUGCGGCCGUCUCCUCGCGACGGCGUCCCUCGACGGCACGGUGGCGCUGCUCUCCCCGUCGUCGCUGUCCGCCAUCGCCACCCUCCGCGGGCACGCCGACGGCGUGUCCGACAUCUCCUGGUCGACGGACUCGUUCUACCUCUGCUCCGCCUCCGACGACCGCACCCUCCGCAUCUGGGACGUCCGCCCCGUCCUCUCCGGCCUCAACCCAGGCGGCGGCGCCCAGCCCGCCGACCCUAACGCCGACCGCUGCAUCCGCGUGCUUAAGGGGCACGCCAAUUUCGUCUUCAGCGCCAACUUCAACCCGCAGACCAACAACACGGUCGCGUCCGGCGGGUUCGACUGCACCGUGCGCAUCUGGGACGUCAAGAGCGGCCGCUGCGUCCGCGCCAUCGACGCGCACUCCGAUCCCGUCACUUCCGUGCACUUCAUCCGCGAUGGCUCCAUCAUCGUGUCCGGGAGCCAUGAUGGAAGUUGCAAGAUUUGGGAUGCGAGGACCGGGUCUUGCCUCAAGACUGUUAUCGACGACAAGAUGCCUGCGGUGUCGUUCUCCAUGUUCUCGCCCAAUGGCAAGUUUAUCCUGGUCGCCACGCUCGACGAUUCACUGAAACUAUGCAACUUUGCCACUGGCAAGUUCUUGAAGAUGUACAGUGGACAUGUGAACAGAACAUACUGCCUCCAGUCUGCAUUUUCCGUUACAAACGGGAAGUACAUUGUUAGUGGAUCGGAAGACAAUUGUGUGUACAUAUGGGAUCUCCAAGGGAAAAAUAUUCUUCAGAAACUGGAAGGCCAUAAUGACACUGUCAUCUCGGUGUCCUGCCAUCCGACAGAGAAUAAAAUUGCGUCGGGCGGCCUUGACAAUGAUAGGACUGUUAGACUAUGGGUUCAAGAUAGUUGAUGAAUUUGUAGAAGGAAUAUACCUAAUAGAUAUCAUUUGUGAACUUGGACAGGACUAGCUAAGUCGAAGAGAAAUAUGCUUUCUGUCUCAAUGGAGCAGUCUUGCAUGUAUCUCAACCUGGAGGGAUCAGAAAAGAGGCGUUAAUUUAGCCCAGAACUGCUUUGUUUCAAUGUAAAACUGUCCUUUUAGUAUGUUUUGGGGGAAGACAAUAGAGGAAUUGAAUUAGACUUCUCAGAGGAAAA